UCCAGUAAAUUCACCGUGACACACGCAAUUCAUCCUCCGUUAUCUGUUAUCGCGAGUGUGAUAACUACGUCGGAUCGCUCAUCCAAGGAUUUAGUCCGACUCAUCUGAUUAUGAGCAAUGAAUCACCGCGAUCACACGUAAUUUUCCGAUUAUCUGUUGGUUUCAUCAGCUUCUCGCUAUUGGCAGUCUCGUGGAUCUCCCGAUAAAAAGUCAACGACACGCUUUGGAAUAUUUGGAAGGAAGAUGAAGCGAUGGCAGGUGUCGUGAGAAUGAAGGGACCGAGUGCCCUUGUGACGCUUCUAGGAUACUUGUUUUUUUCUUGCGCUUAUGCACAAGAAGAUAAUGACGAAAAAUACAAGGGAAAAUAUCUGGGAAAAUUAAAUCCGUAUCAUCAUCAAGUUUCCGGCGAUGUCUGGGCUGUGGAUCAAUACACUCUGCUACUGACGUCUUUCAAUUAUGAUGGUAAUGGGGCUGAUACAUUUUUUUGGGCAGGCGCAUCAAAUAGACCAGGUCCGCAAGGAUUUAUUGUCCCUGAUGAGUGGGGCAAAACAAAUAUUUUGGACCGUUAUUUUAACAAAGAUUUUAUACUGACCUUGCCGGAUAAUAAAAAGAUAACAGACAUCAAAUGGUUCGCAGUGUACGAUUUAGUGACUCAGAACACCUUCGGAGAUGUCUAUGUUCCGGAAGAGUUUGAUCCACCCACGUCUCAAAAAAUAUCACAAUUGUCAAAAAGAUCUCACAAUGUCUCGUCAGAACCCAUUGUAAUCCUGGACUCGAAAACCAUCAGCAUUCCACAAUUCACCUACAAUGGACAAGGCAUAGAUACAUAUUUUUGGAUCGGUCUUGGCCCGCAACCAUCCAGCAAAGGCCAGAAAGUACCCGACGAAUAUGGAUACAUGGAUUCUCUUAGGUCAUAUAAUAAUGAAGAUAUCAUAUUGGAAUUACCAGGCGAUAAAACCGUUUUUAAUGUAGACUGGCUAAGUGUUUUCGACGUAAAAACUAACUCUAAUUACGGUUCUGUCAUUAUACCCAACGGACUUAAUGUACCGCCGUCAUUGAUAAAAGUUCGCAAGCAAACACAGUCUCUUCCGAAUUGCGUCCAACUGCACAAGCGAUAUCAGAUCGCCUGGGAGAUCUUCGGUCCGCAGAUUACUAUUCAAUUAUCAGGUCAAGUCGACAAAGAUGAAUACAUGGCAUUUGGUUUAUCCGGUUCCGAGACCUCCAGCCAAAUGGAAGGUGCAGAUGUGGCUAUCGCAUAUAUGGAUGAUACACGAGGAUACGCUACGGAUUACAAUAUUACGGCAAAGGCGCCAUGUGGGAAAGUUCUGGGUCAGUACAAAGGAGUUUGCAAAGAUGAGCUUCUCGGUGGUUUAGACAGCAAUCAGCUUUACACCGCAGUGAGAGAGGACAACAUCAAUAUCAUUACGUACCGACGUACACUUAUCUCAUCCGAUGUUGGAGACAAAGAUUUUCCCACGGAUAAACCGGCAUACGUGGUUUGGGCCUUGGGUAGGCUCGAUAAAACUAAUAAUGAACCGAGUUUCCAUGAUGUAUAUCCAAGAGGUGAUGUGAUAAUUGAGUUGAGUCGUAAGGAGCCAGAGAAUGCAUGCAUUGAUUUUACAGAGCAUAAUCACAAAAUCUUCCCGAGAGAACCUUGGCAAAAAACAGAAAUAUUUGACAGAAGUGUUAGAACUUUUAAAGCAACCAUUGGACCCUCCGGAGGGAAACGAGGGUAUCAAGGAAUCACAAGUAAACCAUCGGUGGGUCUUGCUUGGUACAUCGAAGGUGCAUUGAUACCCGAAUUAUAUCUACGACGAGGCUUGACAUACAGUUUUCGUGUUCACGGUGGAAAUAAUCCGCAUAGCGCGGAUCUUUAUCAUCCGUUAAUAAUAACCGAUGAUCCUCACGGGGGAUAUGAUACACUCAGCGAUCUUGCGCAAAGUAAGAUCAGAGUGUUGGCUGGCGUUGAACUGACUAGAAGAGGUCGACCGCGACCGACCGCAGUUGGGCCGCUUUGCUUAAGCAAGCACAACGGUCGAGACAGAAGACUGGAUGAUAAUUUCCCAUCAUUCAAAAAAUUCAAUAGAACGCUUGUGCAAGUCUGCGAACCAGGAGAAGGCGGCACUUUAGUAAUAAGUCCAAACUCAUCAUGGCCCGACCUGGUAUAUUAUCACUCAUUCACACACGCAAACAUGGGCUGGAAGAUUCACGUAGUUGAUUCUUACACGAAGAAUGGUGCAAUCAUACAUAAAUUAUCAUUACUUAUUGCAAUUGCGAUUGUAUUUUGCGGUCUAUUUUUAUAAAAUUGAACAUUACUCGCAGAAAAAUAUUCCUAU